UUUUGGAAAAAAGCAAAAUGUAAACACAGUAUUCAUCAUCACGUGGUGGACCAGUUGAAAAGAAAACAAAAAGAACGAUGCAGCAUAUCAAUUCGUAAAUUUUUAAGAAGAUAUAAUUGAAAAAGUGAUAGUCAAAUUAUGCCAGACGCAUGGGUGUCAGUGGGUAUUGGUCUUGGUUCCGCAGCAGUUCUCCUUUUCUUCAUAGUUCUCUUUGUUUGGUAUUAUCGAAGAAGAAAUCGUUAUGAGUAUACUCCUUUGAGAGGUGAUGAUAUGGCUUUACCUACCAAAUGGAAGAUGGAGAAAGAUUUUGAGGAGGAGCAAAAAAGAGAGGCUGCACUUCUAAAUUGUCAAUUUUUCCUACGAGCAAAUGUCGGGAAAUAUUCUUACAAUGAGUACUUGAAACAAAUUGGAAGCAGAGUGGAGAGGCAGUGGUUUAUUGUUCGACAUGUGAAGAUGAAGAAAGACUUGUUGCUAACGGUAACUCCAAAGUCACCUGAUUGUCAACUUGUCUUUGAUUCAUCCUCUAAAUCUAACACCUUGAAAGAUUUACUACAAUCGAUUAAGCAUCCAUAUAUCUGGCCUGUUAGUGACCUAGUCUUACAAAGUGAACAACAGAUUGCUAUUGUACUACAACCAUUCAACAGCAAGGGCUCCCUCAAGGACCUUAUUAGAAAUACACGUCCUCAGACAGCAUGGCUGGCUAAAUCUGUAAACCAAAACAAAGGAUUGCCAACUAGACUUAUACAACUGUACGGACGUCAAAUUUUAGAAGCUCUACUAUAUUUAAAAGAAAAUAAUUUCCCCCCAUACCGUCAUUUGCAAUCGGGUAAUGUAAUAUUGGGGAGUGGUGUUUGUCGUCUAACUGCACUCGACAACAUGUUCCUUAGUUACAAUUCUCCUUUACAACAACUUGUGUACCGCAAAAUUCGCAAUAAUAUAGACGCCCUUGAUGUGCUCUGCUUCGGACAUCUUGUAUUUGAAAUGGCAUGUGGUUGGGAAUUAGACUCUGCACAUCCAGACAGUGGUGAUUAUAACAGUUGCAAAGAUACAGCAAUAAAAGAGGUGUUAGAGUUCAUCUUCAACAAAUCUAAAGAGUAUCCAUCACUUGAAGAGGUUGCAGGUCAUGCCUUCUUCACAUCAUGCAAUCUAGUUGAGUUGAAAUCCAAUCCCCCAUCAGCAAUAAAACUAACCUCUGCAAUGAAAAACAUCAUAAAAGUCGUUCGAAAAAGCAAACUCCCAAAAAUGACCACUGAAAAUGGAGAGAGAAAGAAACCUGUGCAAAAGCAAGUCAGCAAAGACAAUGUGAAAACUAAUUCAACCAAAUCAAAGAAGAAAGCAGACUUGGCAGAAGGGAAAAAAAGGAAACCUUCCAGUCGCGUAUCAACAGCACCACAAAUACACCAACCACCACCCCCCCCCCCCCCCCCCCCCCCACCCCCUUCCCACCCCCCCCCCCCCCACCGCCCUGCCCCACAAGUCGGCAUUAAGCAACCUUCGUCAAAUGGCCAACGCUCUGCACUACUGAAUGAUAUAAGAAAAGGAAUGUCAUUAAAAAAGGUGGAAACCAUUGAUAAAAGUAAUCCAAGAGUUUGAUGAAGUUGUUGCCUAGCGACUGAGAGGUAUUGUUCCUGCUUCUUGUGCUGAAGGCUCCAGCCAGCGUCAGGUUUCAAUUGGAGUCUAAUCACUUGCAUCUUCGAAUAACCCUCACGUUGAGAGUUAGGCAGGUUAAGGACAAUGUUUGUAUCCGUUUGUGUCUGUUAUAUGUUUGUAGUUAAGUUGGGCGGCGCUGCACUGUGGCUGCUGUGAAUCAGGGUUCCCAGGGGCCAGACAUUUUUCUGAUUUCCAAUUAGAUUAUUAUUAUUUUUAUAUUGCUGCUGUUUGGAAGCAUAGUGGAAUUUUUAUUCAAAAUAAAAAGCUGGGUAGUGUGUGAACAUUUGACGACCAGACUCAUGAUAACUGCUUGUUGUUGUUGCAAACGCUUUAUUGCGUCUGCAUUUUCCCCCAAUUUUUUAAUGUUUUUUAUUUAAAAGAAGACCUACAUUCAUUUUGAAAUGUUGGAAUAUAGCAGGAGAUAAUAUUGGUGUCCGAGUCUGCUUAGCGUACUCUUGCAGGGGGUGCAUUGCGAAUGCCUGGUUCACCUAAUGGGUUCACUGUGCGCUGCGCGCACAUAUCGUUCACUGAUGUGUUACAAGGCGCUACGGUUUCAUUUACUUUGUCUUAAGCUCUGUCUACACUAUCAAAAAUUUUUGACAAAAAACUGUUAUAUGCCCAUAUAUAGUCAUGUGCCUAUAUAUGAUCGUGAUGUCAUGUCAUUAUGACCAUAUAUAUACAGUAGCUCGUAGUAGCUCUAGCUAGUGUAGCUAGACUACGGAGGUCAUCCACAGAGACUAGUAGGCUAGGGCCUAAUAAUUAUGAGGGGUGGUAUGAUGCCUCCGUCAAGAGCAAAGUGCGCAUGGUUGCACGUUGCCUAAAAUCUUUUGAAAUUGGUCCUGGUGGAAUUUGCGAAGCCCCAAAAAAUGUUGGAUGAGUUGAAAAUAGUAAAAAAAAAAAAAACAUGUCAAGCAGUAGACACACUCCAACUGGGAGCCUAUUUUACUGCUGUUUACAGUUAAUAUGAAGGCAUUUUCGAAAUAAUAAUAAUUAUAUAAUUUUAUAUUUAAAAUGUUAUAAGUAUUUUUAUCUUAAUAUGUAAAUGAAGUGAACUGUAAGUAGGUUGGUCAUCUGCAAUAAUGUGGAAAUUCAAUAUGAUAUUUAAUAUAAGAGGACUUCAGUUUAGGGGGAAUUGUGGUUUAUAAUGACAUUUUAUGCCAAGUAGAAUUUAUGCACCAUGCUAAUUUAAGUUUUAGAAUGACUACCUAUGAUUAUUAUUAAAACCAAGAAAGUAUGAAUUCCUUCCUUCGAAAAGUACUAAAAUGUUGCAUGUACAGUAUGUUCCGAAAAAGUAUAUGUAUGUGUGCACAUAUACAAACUGUAUUGUUAGUUUUUUUUUAAUAAAUAAGAACACUUAAUUGUAUUUACACUGAAGUGGGGGACAGGUUCUCCUACAAUCUUAUGAAAUAAAAUAUUAAUAUUGCA